GCGCGUUCCUCCUCUCACACUCACACACACACACACACACAGCUUCACGCUCUCAGCUCUCAGCUGGUGGAGCAGCGGUGAACACACAUCCAGCCUCUCCGCCGCUACUUUGGACUAACUUUGUUAUCACUGCGUGUUUCGGUGCUUUCGCUCGUCUCUGCUGUUUUCAGGGGUGAAAAGAUAACUUGCUGCGGCACAAUGGACUGAAGCAACAACGCAGUAAAGUGUGGAUAUACUUGAGAAAAGCAGUGUUUCUGUAGAGAGCGAGGGCUGAGUUACCACCAUGGAAGAGGACGACGGGCAUCUGGAGAACGGGCACCACGACGUCAGAGACUCGGACCGACAGCAGCGGCUCAGGCUUUGUGUUUUGAACGAAAUACUGAACACGGAGCGGGAUUAUGUUCGGACGUUGCUUUUCCUUCAGUCGGCAUUUUUGCACCGAAUCAGACAAACUGCAGAUGACCAGCAGUGUUUGUCACCUGAACAUGUCAAGAUUCUGUUUUCAAAUAUUGAGGACAUCCUGGAGUUGCACAAAGAAGUGUUGUCCGCUGUGGAGGCCGGUCUGCAGCCCGAACCUCAUCCCCACCAUGCGCUGGGAAAAGUAUUCCUCCAGUUUAGGAAGAGUUUCUCAGUGUAUGGCGAGUACUGCAGUAACCAUGAAAAGGCUUUGCGGCUUCUCAUGGAGUUAAACAAGAUCCCCAACAUCAGGACGUACCUGCUGCACUGUAUGUUACUCGGAGGAAAGAAAAGCACAGAGAUACCCCUGGAGGGAUACCUUCUCAGUCCCAUUCAGAGGAUCUGCAAGUAUCCUCUGCUGCUAAAGGAACUGCUGAAGAGGACCCCCAAAAAACACGCUGACUAUCCAGCUGUGGAAGAGGCUCUGCAGGCCAUGAAGGCGGUGUGCUCCAACAUCAAUGAGACCAAGAGGCAGAUGGAGAAACUGGAGGCUCUGGAACAACUGCAGUCCCGCAUUGAGGGCUGGGAGGGAACCAAUCUGACAGAUAUCUGCACAGAGUUACUGCUUCAUGGAAAUCUUCUUAAAAUCUCUGCGGGUAAUAUCCAGGAACGCGUCUUCUUCCUGUUCGACAAUCUUUUGGUUUACUGUAAGAGGAAAUCCAGGGCUUCUGGAAAGAAGUCCACCAAGAGGACCAAGUCUAUCAACGGGCCCCUCUAUGUGUUCAGAGGCCGAAUCAACACAGAGGUGAUGGAGGUGGAAAAUGUGGAAGAUGGAACAGCGGACUAUCACAGCAACAACUACACAGUGACGAACGGCUGGAAGAUCCACAACACGGCUAAAAACAAGUGGUUUGUCUGCAUGGCCAGAAAUGCCGAGGACAAGCAGAAAUGGCUGGAUGCCAUCUUGAGGGAACGGGAGCAGAGAGAGAGUCUCAAACUGGGAAUGGAGCGGGAUGCCUAUGUGAUGAUUGCAGAGAAAGGAGAGAAGCUCUACCACAUGAUGAUGACCAAGAGCCGGCACCUGAUAAAGGAUAGACGCAGGAAGCUCAGCAUUGUGCCCAAGUGCUUCAUGGGAAAUGAGUUCGUGUCAUGGCUGAUAGAGAGUGGUGAGAUCAGUAAGUCUGAAGAAGGAGUUAAUCUGGGACAAGCCUUACUGGAAAAUGGAAUCAUACACCACGUGUCGGACAAGCACCAGUUCAAGAACGAGCAAGUGUUGUACCGCUUCCGCUACGAUGACGGCACCUACAAGGCCCGCAGUGAAAUGGAGGACAUCAUGUCAAAGGGCGUCAGGCUCUACUGCCGCCUUCACAGCCUCCACACGCAUGUCAUCAAGGACAGAGACCACCAUCUGAAAACCUUUAAAUCUGUGGUGCCUGCAAGCAAACUGGUGGACUGGCUUCUCUCACAGGGAGACUGCUCGACCCGAGAGGACGCAGUGACGCUGGGUGUGGGGCUCUGCAACAAUGGCUUCAUGCACCAUGUCUUGGAAAAGAGUGAGUUCAAAGAUGAGUCGCAGUUCUUCCGUUUCUAUGCGGACGAGGAGACGGAGGGAACCAGCUCCAAAAGCAAGCAGCUCCAACGCAGUGACUUUAAACUCAUCGAAAACAUCUUGGCCAAGUCUCUGGUGAUUCACCCUGAGGAGGAAGACUAUGGCUUUGAGAUUGAGGAGAAAAACAAGGCCAUUGUGGUGAAAUCUGUCACCAAGGGCUCACAUGCUGAGAUGGCUGGUCUGCAGGUGGGCAGGAAGAUCUACACCAUCAACGAGGACCUGCUGUUCCUCAGACCUUUCUCUGAGGUGGAAACCAUGAUCAGCCAAUCCUUCUGCAUACGACGCUCACUGCGACUGGUCGUCGCCACCAAGGCCAAGGAAAUUGUGAAGAUCCCUGACAACCCAGACAGCCUGUCCUUCAGACUCUGUGGCUCCUCCCCUCCUCACGUCCACGCUGUCAGGAAAGGAUGGGAGGCAGCGGGGGCAGGUCUUCAGCCCGGCCAGGUCAUCCUAAAAGUCAACGGCAACAAUGUCAACCACAGUGAUUACGGAGAGGUUCUUGAGCACUUCACCGCGCAGCACACGCAUCAGGAGCCUCUGCAAAUGGUGAGGGAAAACAAACUGGAAAACACCUUCUCAUGUCAGUGGGUGUACAGUGCAUUUGAAGAUGUGGAGGAGCUACAGAGAGAAAGACGUGCAGGUGAGAAGGAGGAGAGCCCUUUCAGUCCUUACCGAGUGGAGAACGGCGAGGAAGGGAAUGGGACAAAUGGAACAGACUUUUGGGUAGAGAGGCUUUCUCUCUCUGACGAGCUGCCUCUAGUCAGUCUGACAGUGGAUAACGUCCACCUGGAGCACGGCGUGGUCUAUGAAUAUGUCAGCACUGCUGGCAUCAAGAGCCAUGUGCUGGAGAAGAUGGUGGAGCCCAAAGGAUGCUUCAGCCUCACUGCUAAGAUCCUGCAGGCAUUUUCUAGUGAUGACAGCCUCUUUGUUCGCAACUGCAGCCAGCUCAUCUCGCAGAGCGAGCGAGUAGUUACCAUGCCCCAGUACGAGUUCAGACAAAUCUGCGACACCAAGCUGGAGAGUAUCCGACGCCGCAUCAGCAGCUAUCAGCAGUUUGCCCUGGAACUGAGGAACAAGGCGUGGCCCUCUUUCAGACAGGCUGGUGUUCGCCCUCACCCACUGGGUUGUAUGGACUUUGUUCCCACCAACUGCCACGUCAACCUGAUGCAGGUUUCCUACCCCAAGAGCACCACCUCUGCUGGCAGGACGUUCAGCAUCCGCUUUGGGCGCAAAAACUCACUGUUCGGCCUAGACCCAGAUCAAGCACAACUCAACCCUAUGUCACACACCCAACACUGUGUGACCAGUAUGGGCGCUCCCUGCUGGAACUGUUCUGGACUAGAAGGGGAUGAGGUAGAUGAUAAUGAGGAUGUGUCCUUGGAUGGAAGCAAUGGGAUGACGGACAGUCGACGCAGUGGCCAUGGAGAUGGUGGGCUGAGCUUCCUGCUCAAACAGGAAGACACAGAAACCCAGAAUGCCUACAUUCACUUGUAUAGCCGCCUGGAUGUUGCUGUGAGGGAAAUGAGGCAGUAUGUCGCUCAGAUUGAUGUCCUCUUAUCAUCUAUCACCGAGCCCACACAGCUUCAAGUGGAAGGCGGAGAGCCACCAGUCGACGAGCAAAGUCAGCCGUCUCUGGCGCCAUGCGAGGACGGCUGUGAUCAGGACAAAGUGGAGCACGGUGGCAUUAAAAGAGUUUGCUUCAUGGUGAACGAGGAGGACCAGGAGGACUCUGGCCACGAUACAAUGAGCUACAGGGACUCCUACAGUGAAUGCAACAGCAACAGAGAUUCAGUGCUGUCGUACACCAGCGUGCGAAGUAACAGCUCCUACCUGGGGAGUGAUGAGAUGGGAUCAGGGGACGAGCUGCCAUGUGACAUGAGGAUUUCCUCGGACAAACAAGACAAACUCCACGGCUGCCUCGAGCAUCUUUUUAACCAGGUGGACUCCAUCAACAGCCUUCUCAAAGGAACUGUCAUGACCAAAGCCUGUGAGGAGACCAAGCACUUUUACUCCGACCACAGUCAACCAGAGUUUCGUCAGACAGAGGACUGGACGGUUCGUUGCCGAUAUAUUAUCCACAAGAACAUCCAAGAGGACCCUUGGAACCUACCCACCUCAAUCAAAACUCUGGUGGAGAGCCUUCAGAGAUUUGUGGAUGAUGGAAAGAACCAGCUUCUCCUGGCUCUGCUCAAGUGCACAGAUACGUCCCUGCAGCUGCGACGGGAUGUGAUCUUCUGCCAGGCAGUGACGGGCGCCCUGUGCACUCUGGCUGAGCAGCUGCUGGCAGCACUGCGGUCGCGCUUCAACAACGCUGGCGAGUACCAGGAGGACAGCAAGGAGACCAGCCACAAGUGGCUGGAGCAGAUAUCUGUCAUUGGCGUUCUGCUGCACUUCCAGUCCACACUAGCGCCGCACCUAAAAGAGGAGCGGACCAUGCUGGAGGACACCAAGGCAGCCCUGUUGGACUUGGACAAAGUCACUGUGUUCUUCAGGCAACUGGAGGAUGAGUAUGUAGUUGCAAACACACCAGUGUGUUACCAAGUGGAGGGCAGUCGACAGGCCCUGAGGGUCACCCUGUACCUGGAUAGCUGUCACUUCAGCGAGCUCCCCAGUCGGCUACAAAAUGGAGGCAGCUUGAAGCUCCACACCGUCCUCUUCACCAAGGCACUUGAGCGUCCAGAGGGAGUUUCCCAGCAGGACUACAGUGCCAUGGAGGAGUUCCAGCAGCGCACCAAUGCUGUCUCACUGGAGAAGGUCAAAGCUUAUUACCGCAGACUCAGGGCUUUUUAUCUGGAGAAGUCCAAUCUCCCCACUGACUCAAACACCACAGCUAUGAAGAUUGACCAGAUACUGGGCCUUGAAGUUAGAGACCUUCAACCAAGCAUUUCAAAAUUGCUGCGACCCCUCAACACACUGGACGACCUCUGCAGACUCAUGCAGUCGUACAUCAAUGUGCGCCCGAGCGCCCAAGGCCACCCGUCAGGUGUCAGCGUGCUGUGUGUGUCCUCUGAGCUGUGUAACCGGCUGGGGGCCUGUCACAUCACCAUGUGUGGCACAGGCAUGCAGAGAUGUUCUCUGAGUGUGACAUUGGAGCAGGCGAUGAUCUUAGCCAGGAACCACGGCCUCAUGCCGCGCUGCAUCAUGCAGACCAUGGACAUUAUGCGUAAACAGGGGACAAGAGUUGAGCUCUCUGCUAAAAACCUCAAGGUAAUGGACCAGAUGCCUCCGUCUGCUCCAAGGCUCUUCAAGCUGUGUUUACCACCCUCGGACGGAGACCUGUAAGGAAAGAGAGGGGGUGAAUGUGGAAGAGAAGGAUUUGAUGAGAAAUGACUGUAACAAAAGAGGGCGAGUCUCAGUGGAUUUCCUUCCAACAAUGCUGAUGGACAGACCUUUGUCCCUGCUCCACUGCCCCAGUUACACAGGGAUCAUUCCAGCAAGGACACCACUAGAGUCUUCGAUGCAAUGUACAGACUUGAAAAGACUGCACACAUGACACAGCUCAAGACAAGUCAUGUCCUGGGAAACAACCCAGAUAGAAGUAUUACUGCUUUGGCUGUUUGUCCACACAUCGCUGACAUGAUUGACUUGACAACCGCUGCACAUUAUUCUUAUUCUAAUCGAAAGGGAGACGUCGGUUUCAGGUUUCAUACAGAGAACAUCCACGGUGAUCAUGACUGACCAUAAUCUGAUUAUUAACUGGAUUAACCAAACUACCUGUAGCUGACAGGCGUUCAUAAGCGCAGAUGUGAUCCAUUUUUGCCUUGGACUGCAGGUCCAGAGAGCUCGCUGUCUCUUUCUCUAUCUGGACUGGUGUUCCGUCAGGCUCAAUGUUUGGACUCCGAGUGAAGUAGAGCGCUGGAUUACCUCGGUGUUCAUGUGUGAUAGUCGACUGAGUAAAUGCAGAAAGUCAAAGAAUAGACCGAGAUAUGGAAGUAGGGAUUGAGAUGCAGUUAUUAAAGUUAUUAAAAAAAAAGCCAGGCGAUAGACUGGUGCAUGUGGUUAUUAUUGUGCAAAUACUGUAGUUUUAGUGUGAGUACUGUAUUACCGCACUAUAUGAAGGAUAGUAAUUUAUUUUCAGGAAGGAGUGUUGUUUUUUAUCCCUCACUUAUUCUAUAUCAGGUAUUAAAUAUUCUAAAAGCAUUCCAGCCUACUUAUUGAAUAGUAUUUAAAGGACCAACGGCAUGUCAUUUUUUUUUUGUUAGGUGUAACUGCUUGUGUAUUUCAUCUUAUUUAUGUCCGUGGACUUAAGUCAAGAAAUCUUCAGGGAAUGCAAGAGGGGGGAGAUGAAGAGAAGAAUCCGAAUCAGGAAAAAGGAAGCUAGCACAAACAAUACAAGGUCACGUGUUUGUCAGUAAGCAGCGGGGUCAACAGGUUGAGAUCAGAUUAUUAAUAUAUUCAUUUAAAUAGUUGACGGUUUGCCUCCCGUUAACUAAGACAUGGUGUUGACUUUUAAAUUAGCGUAUAUAUGUCUUCUCGGGACUGUCGUAUUUUACUGUAGGUAGCAAAAGAAGCACAAUGACUGGUCUGUUCACGUUGCAGUGUUAGAAGAAGAACAAAAAAGUACUGUAGGCAGUUUGUGGAUGAUGUAAACAAAGGGAUCUUUCCAGGACUUAUUCACAGUAACAUCAUUUUACUGAAGAUUUUAAUUUUUCGUGUACAUAAAAAGUGUAACUGUCAGAGGAAAAGAUAGCAUAAGUCUUAUAUGGCAGCAGAGUAAUGCUAUAACAUGAAAAUGCGUUAUUUUUAUGGAAAUAAUAUAGUAUAUAAAACAUUUUGUAUUUGUGACUGCAUUUUUCUCUCUCUUUUUGCUGAGUGUAACCUCACUGACAACUCUUUUUGUUUUUGUUUUAGCUGUUCAAAGGGUUUAAAAUGUGUGCUGCAUUCAUUAAGCAGGUCACUUAGUCCUUUUUAUUUAUUUAAAAGCAGUCUGGUUCCAAAAGAGCAUGUUGAAAUAGUCUCAUGUCCCCUGACAGUAGCGUGGCCACUGUAGAUUUACAUUCAUUGGCUGGUUUGUAAAACGACGUACAUUAUUAUUCUUUUUAACAUUUCCCAUAUCAAAUUUGCUCUUGGUGUACAGAGUAUAAACUCCUGGUCUUAAGCUAAUGACUGCAGCAUGUUGAUGUAGCCGGGCAAAGAAAUGUGUCACUGAUUACACAUUUAUUUACAUUAUUCUAAUGUUUCAUUAUUGUACAUACUUUAUUUGCAAUUUUUAUGUUGCCUGAAAAUAACUGUACAAAGGAUCUUUGUUGAGUCUUUCUAAAAUGAUCAUUGUAAAUGCAAAACUUAACAAGCUAGUAAAUAAAAUCUUCACAGUACGACAGUG